UUCCUACAGUUGGCUAGCUUGCGCUGUCCUCUUAUGCGCAAUGUCGAAAGUAAAACAUUUCUAACCUCGAUACGUGGAUGUCAUUUGUAAACAUAAAUUUUCACUGUGGAUCAACAAUUUGUAUAAUCUCUAUUUAAGAAAAAAUCUAUAAAACAUGAAAUUUAGAUUUUUAGGUGAUGGCGAUUGCCCUGAUUGGUUGCUAGCCGAAAUCAACACAUUGUCACGUAUGACAUCCAUUAAAAUUAAGAUAUUAGGACAAACGGUUGCAAAAUAUCUUACGGAAGGAGAACUCGAUGAAGAAAAAAUAAAAAAAAUUACUCAAGAUGCCAAGAUUGAAUUGAACGAUGCAAAGGCUAUGGUAGCAGCUCUUGAAUUAAUCUUUACAUCAUCUGCUCGAUAUGGCGUUUCCGCCGCUGAUUUAAGCAGUGAAUUACAGCAACUAGGACUCCCUCGUGAGCAUAGCGCUGCAAUUGCCAGAUUACAUACGGAUUAUUGUCCUCAAAUUACUGCUACACUUUCUUCCCAAUCUUUGAGAGUGAGUAGAUUAUCGUCGAUUGAAGUUUUGUCCUGUGAUAAUUCAUCACCUUUCUCCACGGUAUCUCUUAAAUUAAAGAAAUUGGAUGGAAAUGUGGAAGAUUCUAUUAUUAAUAUUUCAAAAAAGGAUGUACACGUUCUAUUAACAGAAUUACGAAGAGCCAAAUCAUUGAUGGAAAACCUUUGAAUAAACAAUGUUCUAUGUUUGUUUUUAAACACAAUUAUUUUUAUUAAAAAUAUACUUUUAUUAUUACAAAUAAUAAAGUAAUGUCAAAAAAAAA